AACAUCCACUCACUCCUCUCCACAACUACAUCAUGCUCCGUAACUAAUCAAUAUGUUCCUUCCCAAACUAAUAAUCUACCACCAUCAAUCGGCACAAGCAGUUUUACAAUGACCUUCUCCAACAACCAUCACCAAAAGGGAUCGAAAUCAAACAGUAACAACACAGCUUGGGAUCUUGCUUGUACAUACUCUGGUGUUGGAAUCUCCAAACCAAGAAAGAUGAUGAUCAAUAGAUGGUAUGCCGAGUCGUUAACUAGUCCAACAAAAUCAAUCGAUUCCUUGCAAGACCAAUUUUCAACAAACGAAAUCAAAGAAUACAAAGAGAAGAAAGAAGAAUUGGAUUCUCCUUUAACCUCAUCUGAUUCUGGAGAAGAUGCAGAGGAAGAAUAUACUCAACCAAGUGAUAGUCAUGACGACGAUGAAACAGUCUCCUCUUGUUCGUCAUCAGAGGAAGUCAAGAAACCAAAAAAGCAAUCAUCUCCAAAACAAGUUAAGAAAAAGACCACAACCACAACUCCUGUCAUUAGAAAGAAGAAGAAGCACACUACAAAGGGUCAAUUCAAUACUGGAUGGUGGUCAGAUGAUGAACAUCAAAGAUUUUUGAAGGGCUUAAAGGAAUGCGGUCACAACUGGAAGAUGAUUAGUACCAAGUAUGUCAAAACUAGAGGUAGAAGACAAUGUGCUAGUCAUGCUCAAAAGUGGUACCUCUCAAUUCGUUAUUCAGAGGAACGAGAACAAAUGGAAAAAAUGUAAAUAACACAAUGUACAGUAAAAUCAAACUAUUUCUUCUC